GAGAGAGAGAGAGAGCAGGGGGGGGGGGAACCAGGAACUGUGUGGUGAAGUACACAAAGGGAAAAAGAGAGGAAGGCGUUGGAGGGGUUGUUUGUGACAUCGUUGGAACUAUGAGGUGUUGGGUGAGAAGUUCCAGGCUGGACGGGGAUAUCGGAGAGCAUCCUGCUUGAAGAGGUGUAUGAACGGGUUUUUAGAGACAUUAGCAGGCCUCAGUCAACCAUCCCACUUGAGGCCUCCAUCUCUCCUGCCCACCUCUUCUCCCUGUCCUUCCUAUGGAAGAGCCCUCAGCCUCAGUGGCCCAUCAGGGGGACACGAUACCGGGGACGACCCCGCUGAGUGGAGAGUCAACUGAAGUGGAGUGCCCCAUCUGCUACCAGGAGUACAACCAGUUCAACAAGUGCCCCAGAAUGCUCGAAUGCCUCCAUGUCUUCUGCACAGAGUGCCUCCACAGGAUCCAACUGUGCCCCUUGAACUCCCCGGACCCCCACGGCUUACCCGCCAUUCCCUGCCCCCUCUGUCGCCACUCCACGCCCCUCGCGUCCGGUAACGCCCUCUCCUUGCCCUGCAACUCCCGGAUCCUAGCCCAGCUGCCGCCCAUGACCUUCCGCAUGCCCGUGGGGAUGGCGUCCCGCCUGGCCACCGUCACCCAGAGGGUGGUGCUCUCCCUGGAGGCCAGCAGGGAAGCUCGCUUCAUCAUCCUGCCCACGGUGAGCCUCAGGGUGGAGCAGAUGCACCCCGAAGUGUCCCACGGCAGGGCCCCAGGCUUGGCGGGCGAGCUGGAGGUCAUCCAGCAGCACAGGAGCACCCUGGUGUGUGUCCAGCUGCUGACCCUGGUCUUCUGGGUGAUGUUCGUGCUGACCUGCGUCAUAGGGGUGGUGUUCGGCCAUCGCCUCUUCCACUUCUGAAGGAAAGGAGGUAUUGGGACAAUAUCCCAAAACUGAAAAGGAAUGCUUCCUUUCUUGACGUUAUCUUGCUUAGCAUGAAUGCGAGGGAUGGAACAGACAUUUCAAUGCAAAUCAUUCUAGUUAUUCUACUUUCAUGUCAAAUGUUUUGAGAUUUUUGCAAUUUAAGGAGUUUGCUUGUUACUGGGGCUGCAUAAUGGAUAAAACACAUGUUAUAGAAUGAUUAUUGAUAGAUUCAUAUUUACACUAAAUUAUAAUGUUCAGCAACGCAUUUCAGCUUUCUGUACAGAUACCAUCAGUUAUUUUCUUUUGACAAGGAACAUGACUGUACUGUUGUCUUAGUUUCCCUGAUAAAGGGCUCUCUCUAGUGGUCUACUGUGGUAAUCAUCUGAAACAUUUUGGGACAUUCCAUAUAGUUCAUUAAUUGCAUUUACCUUGCCUCUCGACUAUCUUUAGUUUGUGACUUGUGUUAUAUUUAUGUUUACGUUAUGCAACUGUACUUCAGGUGGUGUUAUAUUAAUCAGGAGAACAAAACUGUGUAAGAAAUGUGCUCUAAAAGAGGACUACUACAAUUUACAGGU